GCAUCCCAACAUGACCAUGCUGGAUUGGGUCUAAUCCAGAAAAUUUUGCCUUCCCCAGACAUUACCAUUCAGAAACAGCCAAACGCUCUCCUUAGUCCAUCCAAUUGUUCCACAUUCCAUCAAACAGAUUUCAAUGAUAGUCGUCACUAACGCUCAUCUUCAAACUCCGGCCCAUAUUGCUGUCUGCUGCUCCCGUCCAGCGCCGUCUCAUUCCGAAGCAGCGCAAAUUGAAGGGGUGUUCUUUCCUCGGAUUGAUCGUGUUCAUGUACUUAUCAGUAGCAGAAAAAGGCUAAAAAAGAUUUAAGAAAGCGAGAUUUGGCAUGAAAAAUGGGAAAGACCCUGCUUUUCUUGAGGAGGGGACUGAUGAAUCUUGCACCUGAUAUGCAAUGAAAACACUCUGGCAAAAGUUCCUAUUGUUCUAUUUUGGCUUUGGAUAUGAUAUUGCCCAUUACUGCUUUUCACAGGAUUGGAUUGGAUAACACUAGCUGGCACGUUCGACACCCUGCAAGAUCCAGCGGACAGGUUAAAUAUCAAAUAUGAGGACGGACGAGAUAACUAAUGUGACUGAGUAUGAGGCAAUUGCAAAGGAGAAAUUGCCAAAGAUGAUUUACGAUUACUACGCAUCAGGGGCAGAGGACCAAUGGACUCUCAGAGAGAAUCGAUUUGCAUUCUCAAGAAUUCUCUUUCGACCACGUAUUCUUGUUGAUGUGAGCAAGAUAGACUUGACGACAACAGUAUUGGGCUUCAAAAUAUCCAUGCCUAUUAUGAUUGCUCCUACAGCCAUGCAGAAGAUGGCUCACCCUGAAGGAGAAUACGCAACAGCUAGAGCAGCAUCGGCUGCUGGAACUAUCAUGACACUAUCAUCGUGGGCUACUUCCAGUGUUGAGGAGGUUGCUUCAACUGGACCUGGCAUUCGGUUUUUCCAACUCUAUGUGCUUAAAGACAGAAAUGUGGUUGCACAGCUUGUAAAAAGAGCUGAAAGGGCUGGUUUCAAGGCGAUUGCCCUGACUGUGGAUACUCCAAUUCUUGGUCGCAGGGAGGCUGAUAUUAAGAAUAGAUUUACGUUGCCACCGCAUCUGAUAUUGAAGAACUUUAAGGGAUUAGAUCUUGGGAAGCUAGAUAAGACCGAUGACUCUGGUUUAGCGUCUUAUGCUGCUGGUCAAGUUGACCGGUCUCUCAACUGGAAGGAUGUCAAGUGGCUCCAAACAAUUACGUCAUUGCCAAUUCUAGUAAAAGGGGUGCUAACAGCAGAAGAUGCAAGGACAGCUGUGGAAGUUGGAGCUGCUGGAAUCAUUGUAUCCAAUCAUGGAGCUCGCCAACUUGACUAUGUCCCUGCAACAAUUGUGGCUUUGGAAGAGGUUGUCAAGGCUGCACAAGGUAGAGUUCCUGUUUUCAUAGAUGGUGGAAUCCGCCGCGGGACAGAUGUAUUUAAAGCAUUGGCUCUCGGAGCAUCUGGAGUAUUUAUUGGAAGACCAGUGGUAUUCUCACUGGCUGCUGAUGGUGAGGCUGGGGUGAGAAAAGUACUUGAGAUGCUGCGUGACGAGUUUGAACUCACCAUGGCGUUAAGCGGUUGCCGUUCCCUCAAGGAGAUCACUCGCAACCACAUUGUCACAGAAUGGGACCGUCCACGCGUUGCCCCUAGGCUAUGAAGUGAUGAACAGAGAAAGCCUCCUGAUAGAGAGAACCCAUCUAACUAUCGGAGUUUCAGAAAACGUACGUCCUUCAUAAGCAUGAGAUGAGACACUGAGCCAUCUUAUCUUAGACUAAGAAUAAUUCCUUUAUUCCCUGCAUCUAAUAAAAAAGAAAAGUCCUUUUGCACUUGAUGCUCGUUUUUGUGAUUGUGAAAGCCAGGGUUCAUUCACUCAGUGGAUUGUUGUGGUCUCAGCAAAAGCAGAAAUUCUAUGAUAUGAUAGUUUCCUAUGUCAUCGAGAUUUUUACUUGCA